CAGCGGAGCGCGGUCCGGGGCCUUGCGGGGGUGACGGCGGCCGCAGCUCCGGCGCUUUCCGCGCUGCGUCCUCCGCUCGUUCUCCGGGCCCGGUGGGUGUGUGGGAGAUGAAAGAUCGUCCCGGGUUGGAGGCAGCCGGAGGCUGCGGCGAGAUGGCGGCUGCGGCGGCCGAGCGGGAGCGGCAGGAGUGGCUGCGAGAGGCGGCGGCGCUGGGGGACGCGGAGGAGGUGCAGCGGCUGGUGGAGCUGGGGGUCAGCCUCAACUCCCAGAACGAAGUCAACGGAUGGACUUGUCUGCACUGGGCAUGCAAACGGAACCACGCCCCAGUGGUGGCUUAUCUGCUGCACGCUGGUGCUGACAAGGAGAUCCUGACCAAGAAAGGAGAACACCCGGCCCAGUUAACAUCAAAGAGAGAGAUAAGGAAGAUGUUGGGAGUGGAAGAUGAUGAAUUCUCAGACUUAAAGAAAGAUUCAGAACUGCCAAUCAUCCCUAAUUACCUGGCUAACCCACCUUUCCCUUAUGUCUAUAACACCAUGAGUAACAGUAUUCCAGAUCCCUCCAUGAAUGGGAAUAUCUCACACUUAGAAUCCCAAGAUACCAACUCUUCUUCCUUACCUGAUGCUGGGACUUCCAGACAGGCACCAGGACAGCACAGGACCACUGCUCCUCAGGUGACUGAUAACACAGGCAAGCCAGCAGUGCCCCGAGGGUGCACUGCACAACCACACUCCAAACCUGUCCUACAGAGAGGUCCAGUUUACCAGGGAUCUGUGUCCUGGAGCAGAAGUCCCUCUUCACCAGCUGGAUCUAGUCAGUCUGCACCUCAGCAAGAGAAUGGCUCCUGUAUGGGGCCAGUACCAACAUUCCAGCCAGUUUUCUUCACAGGAACUUUUCCACUUAAUAUGCAAGAACUGGUGCUUAAAGUUAGAAUACAAAACCCUAAUCUUAGAGAAAAUGACUUCAUUGAAAUUGAACUGGACAGACAAGAACUGACCUAUAAGGAACUGCUCCGAGUCAGUUGCCAUGAGUUGGGUGUUAACCCUGAGCACGUGCAGAAGAUCAGAAAAUUACCAAAUACAAUGUUAAGAAAGGACAAAGAUGUUGCAAGGCUACAAGAUUUCCAAGAACUGGAGCUUGUUGUAACAGUAAGCGACAAAAACUUACUUUUCAGAGCCCAGACACUUUCUGAACGGAGUGGUUAUAACAAGAAGGCAUCAGAACUGACAUAUUAAUUGUUUAAAGAAUAAAAGAUCUGUAUCUCUCACUUUAAAAUUAAAUUUGAAAUACAAUAUCUGUAAGGGCUAAUGAUGUUAAAAAAUAAUCUAUUUUGUUAACCUUGAAGUAAACUAAAGUUGUUAUGCA